AUGACGAUUUUUUUGUCACCCAUUAAAACAAGAACUUUUCAAAAUGCUUCGAGGACGAAAAAUUUUCUUUCCGUUCAGAAAACAAUUUCCAUUCCAAAAAAUCAUUGUCUAUAUUCAAAAUUUUCAAUAUUUUCAACUUCAAAUCCGAAAUCCUUUCUUCACAAAAACAAAAAUUCAAAUUUUUUGAACGUCUUUGAAAACAUUUCAUGCAUAAAAAUUCAAAAUUUUGAAAUUUCCCGAGGAAUUUCAACGUCAAGUCUUAGCGCAUUUCCUCCAAGCGCGGAAUUUUCAAAAUUUCAACCUCAUGCAAAUUCUGCCAGAUAUUUGCCAAUUCCAACAUUUCCUUUGCAAGGACCAGUAAGUUCACCGGAAAUUGCUUCCGAGAUAAUUUCUUCUCAGGAAACUGAAGAAGUCCAAAGAGUAAAUGAAAUUAAGAAUGCAAAGUUGAUUUUCAACCAAUCUUGGAAGAAUGUCGAGGAUGCAUACGGACGGGAAAACCUCUUUCUACCGAGGGAGAUUAUAUGGUUGAUGGGAGCGCCAGGAUCAGGGAAGGGCACGCACACAAAUUCAUUAUUGAAAACACGUGGAAUCACAAAUCCGGCCAUAAGUAUGUCAAAGCUUUUAACAUCCCCAGAUUGUCAAGAGUUAAUCAAUAAAGGGCAAAUGAUCAGCGAUGGAAAAGUCCUCGAGAGUUUGUUUCGAGCGCUUCUCAAUUGUGAUCCAACGGUGGGAUGCCUCGUUGACGGAUUUCCCAGAACGGAAAUUCAAGUCGAAUGUUUAAAACUCUUGUAUGACAAAAUGCAUGAGUUACGCCGGGAAUUUUGGGAGACACCAUUGAGAGAGAAAUUCCCACGACCUACAUUCCGAAUCUGCGUCUUAUAUGUAGAUGAGGAUGUAUCAGUAGAACGUCAAUUAAUGCGCGGAAAACAAAUCAAAGAUCACAACGCCAUGGUUCGGCGAACUCAUCAAGGCGAAUUAAUUGAGGAACGAGUUACCGAUUACGAUGAAAUGUUGAUCAGGGCUCGUUAUAAAAUAUUUAAAGAGCACUUUGGCGCCUUAAUGAAACUUGGAAAGAUCUUUCCCUUUCAUUUGAUUAACGCUGUUGGAACGAUUGAGGAGGUGAUGCAAGUGAUUAUAAAAGAAUUUGAGUAUCAGAGUUCGUUAGAACUUGAUCAUAAGACAUAUGAUGCAAUUGCACAUAUUCCUUUAGCAACAAAGAUUAGUAUACAUGCAAGGCAAGAUUUGAUCAGCCGGCUUGAACAUUAUCAAGAAACUGAUCCAGAAUCAUUUUCAAAGGCUAUAGAAUUCGUGGAUGAAAAUGUUAUUCCUUUGGUUCAAAGGCAUGCAAUUAGUGGGCAGACACUUGUUCGAACGAAUUCACAAGAUUUAGAGAAUCAGCACCUUGUGGAUAUGAUUAUGGAUGUUUUAUCAGAACGAGGUUAUCAUGUGAUGUUUGAUGAUCGAGUUCGACAAACCCCUGUUAGAAUUAAUCCUGACACAUGGGAAAUUAUUCUAGAAAAGCGACACAAUUAUAUGUUUAGUGUACGUUUUCCCAAACACAUCAUUCAACCACUUGAACAAAAGUUCUAA